AUAAUAUCAGCCAGUACCCAUGUGACUUGGCCCAUCCCACCCCAUCCACCCCCUAUUAAGAUAUCUCUUACUUUGUUCCCUAUUCUCUCACAAUUCCCUCAGCUUCUCAUCUUGUACGUGCUGUAUUUUCUUGGCUUUCUGCAACUUUGAGUGGUUCCAAAAUGGCUUACCAAAUUCCAUUCGGUGUUGUGGAGCACAUUUUGACCAACUUGGGGUCCUCGGCGUUUCAAGAAAUUGGAUCCAUGUAUGGUGUUCCAAAGGAGAUAACCAAGCUCAAUGGGAAACUGGGCACCAUCAAGGCUGUGCUUUUGGAUGCUGAGGAGAAGCAGCAGCAGCAGAGCAAUCGUGCAGUCAAAGAUUGGGUCCGGAGGCUCAGGGGUGUUGUUUAUGACGCAGAUGACUUGCUGGAUGACUAUGCAACCCAUUAUCUUCAGCGAGGAGGAUUGGCAAGGCAGGUCAGUGACUUCUUCUCAUCUGAAAAUCAAGUUGCUUUUCGUUUUAAGAUGAGUCAUAGACUCGAGGAUAUCAAAGAAAGGCUAGAUGAUGUUGCAAACGACAUCCCCAUGUUAAAUCUCAUUCCACGGGACAUAGUACUAAACACAGGGGAAGAGAAUAGUUGGAGAGAAACCCACUCAUUCUCGUUGCCGUCUGAAAUUGUGGGAAGAGAAGAAAACAAAGAGGAGAUAAUAAGGAAGCUGUCAUCUAACAAUGAAGAAAUUCUUUCCGUUGUUGCCAUUGUUGGCUUUGGGGGAUUGGGUAAGACCACCCUCACUCAGUUGGUAUACAAUGACGAAAGAGUAAAACAUUUCGAGCAUAAGACAUGGGUUUGCAUUUCUGAUGAUUCUGGUGAUGGUCUUGACGUCAAACUGUGGGUCAAAAAGAUUUUAAAAUCUAUGGGAGUUCAGGGUGUGGAGAGUAUGACCUUGGAUGGUUUGAAAGACAAGCUUCACGAAAAAAUAAGUCAAAAGAAGUACUUGUUAGUACUUGAUGAUGUUUGGAACGAGAAUCCUGGAAAAUGGUAUGAAGUGAAAAAAUUGUUGAUGGUUGGUGCUAAAGGUAGUAAAAUUAUAGUAACCACCCGAAAACUUAAUGUUGCAUCCAUUAUGGAAGAUAAGUCUCCCGUUGGUUUGAAAGGUCUAGGAGAAAAGGAGUCUUGGGCUUUAUUUUCAAAAUUUGCAUUUACAGAACAGGAGAUUUUGAAGCCAGAAAUUGUGAAAAUUGGAGAAGAAAUUGCAAAAAUGUGCAAGGGAGUUCCUCUCGUUAUUAAGUCUUUAGCAAUGAUAUUGCAGUCUAAAAGAGAACCGGGGCAGUGGUUGUCUAUUAGAAACAAUAAAAAUUUGCUGUCACUUGGAGAUGAAAAUGAGAAUGUUCUAGGGGUGCUGAAAUUAAGUUAUGAUAAUUUGUCAACUCAUUUGAGACAAUGUUUUACAUAUUGUGCUUUAUUUCCAAAAGACUAUGAGAUUGAGAAAAAGUUGGUGGUACAACUAUGGAUAGCACAAGGUUAUAUUCAAUCUUCAAAUGAUAAUAAUGAGCAAUUAGAGGAUAUAGGGGAUCGAUAUUUUGAGGAAUUAUUGUCAAGGUCAUUGUUGGAGAAGGCGGAAAACGAUCAUUUUACUAAUACAUUAAGGUAUAAAAUGCAUGACCUUAUACAUGAUCUUGCACAAUCAAUUAUAGGAUCUGAGGUCCUCGUUUUAAGAAAUGAUGUAGAAAACAUUUCAAAAGAAGUUCGUCAUGUAUCAUCAUUUGAAAAGGUGAAUCCUAUAAUAGAGGCUCUAAAGGAAAAACCUAUAAGGACCUUUUUAUACCAAUAUAGAUAUAAUUUUGAAUAUGAUAGUAAAGUUGUGAAUUCAUUUAUUUCAAGUUUUAUGUGUUUACGUGUGUUGAGCUUAAAUGGCUUCCUGUCAAAGAAGGUGCCAAACUGUUUAGGUAAAUUGAGUCAUUUAAGGUAUCUUGAUCUUUCCUACAAUACUUUUGAGGUACUUCCGAAUGCUAUUACAAGGUUAAAGAAUUUGCAAACACUGAAACUCAAAGUGUGUCCGAAUUUGAAAAAACUUCCAAAAAAUAUAAGGCAACUUAUCAAUCUUAGACACUUGGAGAAUGAGAGAUGGAGCAACUUGACUCAUAUGCCACGUGGAAUAGGAAAGUUGACUUUACUUCAAAGUCUACCAUUGUUUGUUGUUGGGAAUGAGACAGGGUGGUUAAGGAAUCACAAAAUUGGUAGCUUGAUUGAGUUGGAAAGCCUCAACCAUCUAAGAGGAGGGUUAUGCAUAAGUAAUCUUCAAAACGUGAGGGAUGUUGAACUGGUAUCCAGGGGAGAAAUUUUGAAAGGAAAACAAUAUCUUCAGUCCUUGAGAUUGGAAUGGAAUCGGUCGGGCCAAGAUGGGGGGGAUGAGGGUGAUAAGUCAGUGAUGGAAGGCCUUCAACCACACCCACACCUAAAGGAUAUCUUUAUAGAAGGUUAUGGAGGUACGGAGUUUCCAAGUUGGAUGAUGAAUGAUAGGUUGGGUUCCCUGCUUCCCGACUUAAUUAAAAUUGAAAUUUCGGGAUGUUCAAGAUGCAAAAUUCUGCCACCCUUUUCUCAACUUCCUUCUCUCAAGUCUUUGAAGCUUGAUGAUAUGAAAGAAGUGAUGGAGUUAAAGGAGGGUUCAUUAGCAACGCCACUCUUCCCUUCUCUUGAAUCGCUCGAACUCUCUGGCAUGCCAAAGUUGAAGGAAUUGUGGAGGAUGGACUUACUAGCAGAGGAAGGUCCUUCAUUUGCUCAUCUUUCAAAGUUACAUAUUCAUAAAUGCUCUGGUUUGGCAUCACUGCAUUCUUCUCCUUCUCUUUCUCAAUUAGAGAUCAGAAAUUGCCAUAACUUGGCAUCCUUGGAACUGCCGCCGUCCCGUUGUCUUUCUAAAUUAAAGAUCAUAAAAUGCCCUAACUUGGCAUCCUUCAAUGUGGCUUCAUUACCUCGUCUUGAGGAACUAAGCCUGUGUGGAGUCAGAGCAGAGGUACUGAGGCAGUUAAUGUUUGUCUCUGCUUCUUCUUCAUUGAAGUCUUUGCAUAUACGGAAGAUUGAUGGUAUGAUAUCUCUCCCAGAGGAGCCGCUUCAAUGUGUUUCCACUCUCGAAACUCUCUACAUUGUUGAGUGCUUUGGUUUGGCAACAUUACUACACUGGAUGGGCAGCCUUUCCUCGCUUACGAAACUUAUUAUUUAUUACUGCUCUGAAUUGACAUCACUGCCAGAAGAGAUCUAUUCCCUUAAAAAAUUGCAGACAUUUUAUUUCUGUGAUUAUCCACACCUAGAGGAAAGAUACAAGAAGGAAACAGGCGAAGACCGGGCCAAGAUUGUUCAUAUCCCACAUGUUCGUUUCAACAGUGAUUCCUAUAUGGAAUUGGAGCUUGACUACAUUUUCUGAUGCUGUGCACUAAAAAUCAUUUUACUUGGAGUUCUACAUUCUAAGAGUUUGAGGAAAUACUGAGGUCUGAGCUUGGAAUUCAUGGCUGCCCUGAAUUGACAUCACUGCUAGAAGAUAUGUUCCCUCAAAAACCUGCUGACACUUGACAAUCUGCAUCUGUUCACACUUAAGAGGAAAGAUGCUGAAAGGAAAGGUGAAGACUAACCCAAGAUUGCUCAUAUCGCAUAAAUUGAUAUCAUACAUCCAUGAAGAUUGAACUGAUACAAAAUGCCUUUCAGGUGAUAUGAUCCAAACUCAAAUUGAACACUGCUCUUGUUUUGUAACAUUACUACAUUGGAAAGGCAACUUCAACUCACUUAUAGAUCUUUCUAUUGGUGAUUGCACUAAAUUGAUGUCACUUUGGAAAAGAUGUGUUCCAAAUGGAAAAUCUUUCAUUAUAUGCACCUACUUGCAAGAUACCAAAGGGAAACAAGUGAAUACUUGCCCAAGAAUACAGAGGGCCAUACUUGGUGAAGGUUUCGUCAAUACGGAGAACCAUGUUAGAUUUCACCUUGCUUAAAAAGCUUUUGAUUAUUCAUAUUUGCAAGAUGACUAAGACAUUUGAUUGUGCUCAGAACUUCUGGUUUCCAUUAAAUUUAGAUUUCACCUUGCUCAAGAAUCUCAUGAUUAUCCCUUGGCAUAAACAUUUCUCGGUGUCUGAGAAAUUCAUAUCUACUACAUGGCUCAAGAAUCUAGUAGCAUUCAAAAUGUCUGCUCUCUUUCAAAUUAGGUGUGUUGCUUGCAAUUCCAGUCUUUUUCCUAUUUCCGAAUGCUAUAUUUUUGUUUUACUAUCAAUGUGUUAAGAGCAUUAUGUUCUAUUUUCUAUAGUAUUGUUUUCUUACUUAUCAUAUGUAUUAAUUAUUUCAUUGCAAAUGUAUUUGUUGCCAAGUUAAAGCAAAAAUGGAAAAUGAUGAUUUUUCAUAGAUCAAUGUCUUUCUCAAUUGCUGCCACACCUGACUUCUCUCUAAGUUGUUGAAAAUUUAGAAGUGUGGUAGCAUAAUGUCUUUGGCUCAAGUGCUUUAGCGCCUCAUUGCCCUUGAAGCUUUAGAAGAUGUCAAAACAAUUGGUGUUUCAACAUGUAACUAGUUUGGAAAUUCUAAGAAGUGUAAGUACUAUGGUUUUGCAACUUUGUUAGAUUGGAUAGGCAACUUCAAAUUAUUGAAUGCCCUGAAUUUAAAUCACUACUAGAAGGGACCCACAAGCACUUUAUAGAAACUCAUAAUCUACUACUCGUACCACUUAUUAAGAAUGCCAAAAGGAAAAAGUGAAUAUUGGCCUAAGCAUGGUUGAUUAAUAAACUACUCAUGGUCUCCUUAAUUCAAGUGUGUCAUUUAUUAUAUGUUUCAUGUUAGUAAUCCUACAUUUCUCUUGUUUUUGUUGGCUUUAUUUUUUUGAAUUAUUUUACAAUCAAUAUUUUAUCGAUGUUCUUCCUUUUGUACAAUUCUAUUUCUUGAUUCUCAAAUGAAUUAAGACAU